GUGGAACCAGCAUGGACAUGACAAUGUCGCAGGGGGUGGAGCUUGGCCGGGAUUGGCUGGCUCUGCAGAGGGAGCUUCAGAUCUCUCAGGAUGCCCAGAAGAGACAGGCGGUGCUGGUGGAGAAGCUGCAGGCGAAGGUCCUCCAGUACCGGAAGCGCUACCAGGACCUGCAGCGGAGCCAGGAACUCGGCCAGAGCCGAGGAGAAUUGGACAUAGAAAAAGCUCUGCAGAGAUUGGAGGAGGAGCAGCAAAGAAGUGAGACGUUUGCCGACACAAACGCACUGCUAAGAGACGACCUGGAACGCACGCAGGAAGCCAACAGAUAUCUGGGAGAAGAUCUAGAGAAGCUGACGGCUGAUUGGUCAGAAGCCAAACUGGAGCUGGAGAGAAAGGAAAAAGAAUGGGAGCGGGAGAAGGGGAUGUACAUCAGCCGGAUACAAGGGGAGAAGUCCCGCCUCCUACGUCUGUGGACCGAGGUCGUCUCAUUUCAUCGACUUUUUCGGGAACUGAAAACCGCAACAGAAAGAGAUUUAUCUGCCCUGCACGCUGAUUGGACAAGAUGUUCCUGCCUCCUGCAAACCUCAUGUUCCUCCUUCAUCUCAUGGAGGCUUCAGGAGCCACACAGAGGGCCAGAACCUCCAAACUAUCUCCUAGUUCGAUGGAACCAUGGAGUGAAAACCGUGGAAGAAGCCGGACAGGAAUAUACCUCGGAUACGGAGAUGGCAACGAAGGCUGACGAGUCGUCAUUUGAGACUUUUAGACCCAAAGAGCAAUCCACAAGAUUAGAAAUGGAGUCCUCUGAACGCGGUAUGGACCGGUCACACGUGGAGGCCUUGGAGUUUGAGCUAACGUCACUUAGGUCACAACUCAAGACUGCAGAACAGGAGGCCAGCUUGCUGAGGUCAAACUUGGAGACAUCCGAAGUGGACUUCCUCAGAUCACAACUGGAGGCCUCGGGACAGGAAGUGGACUUCCUCAGAUCACAACUGGAGGCCUCGGGACAGGAAGUGGACUUCCUCAGAUCACAACUGGAGGCCUCGGGACAGGAAGUGGACUUCCUCAGAUCACAACUGGAGGCCUCGGGACAGGAAGUGGACAUGCUGAGAUCACAACGGGAGGCCUCAGGACAGGAAGUGGACUUCCUCAGAUCGCAACUGGAGGCCUCAGGACAGGAAGUGGACUUGCUGAGAUCACAACUGGAGGCCUCGGGACAGGAAGUGGACUUGCUGAGAUCACAACUGGAGGCCUCGGAACAGGAGUCAAGCUUAAUGAGGUCACAGUUCGAAAACGUUGGCUCAAUGAAGCCGCAACUUGAAGAAGCAGAUUUGGAAAUGAACAAGAUGAGGUCGCAGCUUGAGACAACUGAACAGGAAGUAAGCUUGAUGAGGGUAAACCUUGAAGAAGCAAAGCAGGAAACAAGCUUAUUGAGGUUGCAACUAGAAAAGGAGCCAGAGUUGGAUUCCCUGAAGUCACAGUUGGAACUAUCAAAGCUGGAAGUUAAGUCACUGACAUCCCUAGCUGAAGCAUCUAAACAGGAAGUGAGUUCAUUGAGGUCCCGGCUGGGGGUGUCGGAGCAGGAAGUGAGUUCAUUGAGGUCCCGGCUGGGGGUGUCGGAACAGGAAGUGAAUUUGCUGAAGUUAAAACUUGAGACCUCUUUAGAUAAAUUGGAGUCCAGCAAGCUCCAUACUGAAGAGCUAGAGCGGGAAUUGCUUCCCAUCCGGUCACAGUUGGAUGGUUGCUCUCUGGAGGUGGAGUCUCUUAGGUCACGUCUGAAGAAGCGGGAAGGGGAAGUGACGUCUCGCUUACAUCACAUGGAGCAAGAGCUGCGAGAAAGCCACCAACAAUCGAUGGAUGUUGUUGCGUCAGAACGCUCCGAUCUUCUCCACCACGUUGUGUUGUUGCGUGAAGAGCUCCUGCGCACUCGCCUGGAGUUUGACCUUUCCCGUGAUGAAAACGCCGGUCUACAGAGCGCUCUUCACAAGGCAGAAAAGAGGAUGGCAGAGCUCCUUGUAGAACAAAACCGUCAGAAGAAAGAUUUGGAAGAUCUUCAAGACGCCGCGACCAAGAUGGCGGACCUAAACCGAGCGCUGUCAUUGGAUAAAGUGGAACUGAACAAUCUUCUGCAACAAGUCCUGCUGCAAGACACCGAGACGGCCAGAGAGCGCCUGGAAACUGAACUGAGACACGUGGAGGCUGAGAGGGACAGGCUGCAGGCUGAGCUCAGACAGGAGAGAGACGACUCGGAGGCGGAGCGGGGGAGGUUGUAUCAGGAUGCCGAGACUCUGAAUGGGGAGAAGUCUUCACUCCGUCUACAGCUGGAGGUCACCACCAGAGAGGGUCAGGACCUGAAGGAGAAGCUCGGCGACAUCCAGUCGGUGAAGGAGUCUCUGGAGGGCCGCCUCUUCACCGCUCAGGAACUGAACUCUCGGUCGGAGAUUCGGUGCAGCCAGCUGGAGAUGGAGGUCGCAAUGGUCACUCAGGCCAAGAACACCGUGCAAGAUGAAGUGACUCUACUUCAUGCUGAGCAGGAAUCGUCCCAGAAGAGGAUCCUUGAACUUUCCCGGAGACUGUCUGACCUGGAUGAGGAAUACCAGAGAGAGAGGAGCAGAGGAGAACGUCUCCAAUUCAUCCAGAACGAACUGGACACAAUGAAAGGACUUCUAGAAGAAGAACGGUCCAGGCGACUCGCUGCUGAAGAGCACGGUGAGCAAUUAGAAGAGGAGGGACAGGCUAAGCUUGGAAGAGUGAAGGACUCCCUGAGACAGCUGGAGACUGAAGCCUCUGAGCUCAGAGAGACUCUUAAGACGACUCGGCGCGAUAAGGAGAAUGCCUUGGAAGCCUUGGAGCGCCAACAACUUCAAAAGAACGAACAGGACUUUGAAAUGGAAAUUUUAAAACAGACUUUAACGCAAUGCCAAGAAGAAAAAGAGAGCGCUCUCAAGGCAUUGUCUGAUUACGCCUUCACAGUAGAAGAGAGGGACAAGCAGAUCAGUGAGCUUAGAGAAAAUAUUCAAGAGUGCACGGAUGAGAAGCAGAAUGCUUUGACUUCGGUAUCGGAGCUCCGCGUGGCCGUGCAAGAAAGAGACCGGGAAAUUAAAACGCUAAAAGAGAUGGUGCUACUGAUCCAGCAAGACAACGAGACUGCUGCCAGUGCCUUACAGGAACAAAUUCAAAGUACUAAGAAGACAGAAGAGCGACUGUCUGUUCUAACUAGAAGCCUGGAAGAGUGUGAAAGUCUGAAAGAGAGUGCACUGAGAGCGGAAGAAAGAUUCCGCCUGCUUGUCGCAGAGAGAGACCGACAAAUCAACACUUUGAAUGAGAGCCUUGGACUCUCUGACGUAGAAAGAGAGAGACUUUUGGAGCAACUUUCUGUUGCGACUUUAGAGUCAUCCCAGGAGCUGUCCUCUCUAUUAGAACGUCUCCGGGAACGGGAAGCCAUGGUUAAUGCUUUAGAGCAAACGUUAGGAGAGCGCAAUAGAGAAAAUAAGGAAUUGGGAGACCGCGUAAAAGAGCAACAGAUUAAAACCGGUAACCUGACGGAGGAAUUAGUUCAGCAAACUCGGUCUUUAGAAGAAAGGGACUCGCUGAUUGAGUCUCUACGAUUAAGACUCGUAGAGUGUGAAUCGGAGAAGGAUGAUCUGGUGCUUUUAAGAAGACAGUGUGAACAGAAUCUGCAAUCGUUAAAGGAGACUCUUCAAGAGUGCUUUGAGGAAAAGGAGAGAUACUUCAAUUCAUUGCAGUCUCAGAAUGAGAAGGUCCAAGAAAGAAACGAAGAAAUAGAAUUGCUGAAAGAGGGUGCCUUGUCUGCCCAAAAGGAAAAGGAGACUCUUCUACGUGAUCUGGAGUCACAAAAGAGCUCCUUGAAAGAAAUAGAUUCAGCUUAUGCAUCUCUACAAGAGACUCUGCAGGAGAGCCAGCAGACCAGGAAAAAACAGGUGUUGAUUAUCGAACAGCAAAAAAAAGAUAUCAUCUCCUUGAAAGGCAACUUAGAAGGAUACCAGAAAGAGAUGUCCAAUUCACAGACAACAAUCGUGAGUUUGGAAUCUCAGAUAGAUUCCAUACAAAGACAGGCUAGGAUGGAAGAAGAACGACUGAGAGAAAAGAUUAUGGAGAACGUCCAGGCCCUGCAAAAGAAGGAGGAGGAAGUUGAAUUGUUGGAGAAACAAGCUCAGAAAAAUUGUAGGGACCAAAAUGAGAAACUGGAGGAACUUUCACAAACUCUGCGAGAGAAGGAGAAGGAAAUACAAAAUUGUAAGAGACAAAAUAAAGAGUUGCAAAAUAAACUUUCUGAAGCUCUUCAAGAGAGAGUAAAGUUGGAAGAACGGAUGGAAAAAGACACCCAGUAUUUGAAAGAGGAAAAUAUGAAACAUAUUCAGAUCCUGAAGGAGAAAGAGGAAGAACUUGAAGCGUUGGAGAAGGAAGCCCAAAAUGAGCGACGAAGUCAAAACGAGAAGCUGGAAGAGCUUACACAAACUAUCAAAGAGAAGGAAAAACUCUUAAAGGAAAUUCAAAAUCUUCAGAGAGAAAAUGAAGAGCUGCAAAGAAAAUUUUCUGAAACUCUGCAGGAGAGAGAAGAAUUGGAAGAACGGAUGGAAAACGACAUCAAGCAUUUGAGAGAGAAAGUAAUGGAACAUGUGCAGACCCUGAAGGAGAAAGAGGAAGAACUUGAAGCAUUGGAGGAAAAAGCCCAAAGAAUGCACCGAAGUCAAAACGGGAAGCUGGAAGAGCUUUCACAAACUAUCAAAGAGAAGGAGAAAAUCUUGAAGGAAAUGCAAAAUCUUCGGAGAGAAAAUGGAGAGUUACAAAGCAAACUUUCCAAAACUCUGCAAGAGAGGGAGAAAUUGGAAGAACGGGUGGAAAAAGAGAUCAAGCAUUUGAGAGAGAAAGUAAUGGAACAGGUUCAGGCCCUGAAGGAAAAAGAGGAAGAACUGGAAGCAUUGGAGGAACAAGUCCAAAGAAUGCACAGGGGUCAAAACGAAAAUCUGGAAGAGCUUUCACAAACUAUCAAAGAGAAGGAGAAACUCUCGAAGGAAAUGCAAAAUCUUCGAAGAGAAAAUGGAGAGUUACAAAGCAAACUUUCCAAAACUCUGCAAGAGAGGGAGAAAUUGGAAGAACGGGUGGAAAAUGAGAUCAAGCAUUUGAGAGAGAAAGUAAUGGAACAGGUUCAGGCCCUGAAGGAAAAAGAGGAAGAACUUGAAGCAUUGGAGGAACAAGUCCAAAGAAUGCACAGGGGUCAAAACGAAAAGCUUUCACAAACUAUCAAAGAGAAGGAGAAAAUCUCGAAAGAAUUGCAAAAUCUUCUGAGAGAAAACAAAGAGUUGGAAGGUAAACUUUCUAAAGUCCUUCAAGAGAGAGAAAAAAUGGAAGAACGGAUGGAAAUCGGCACCCAGUAUUUUAAAGAGAAGGAUAUGGAAUAUGUUCAGAAGCUAAAGGAGAAAGAGGAAGAACUUGAAGCAUUGGAGGAACAAGUUCAAAGAAUGCACAGGGGUCAAAAUGCAAAUCUGGAAGAGCUUACACAAGCCAUCAAAGAGAAGGAGAAACUCUCAAAGGAAAUUCAAAAUCUUCAGAGAGAAAACGAAGAGCUGCAAAGAAAAUUUUCUGAAACUCUGCAGGAGAGAGAAGAAUCGGAAGAACGGAUGGAAAACGACAUCAAGUAUUUGAGAGAGAAAGUAAUGGAACAUGUGCAGACCCUGAAGGAGAAAGAGGAAGAACUUGAAGCAUUGGAGGAAAAAGCCCAAAGAAUGCACCAAAGUCAAAACGGGAAGCUGGAAGAGCUUUCACAAACUAUCAAAGAGAAGGAGAAAAUCUCGAAGGAAAUGCAAAAUCUUCGGAGAGAAAAUGAAGAGUUACAAAGCAAACUUUCCAAAACUCUGCAAGAGAGGGAGAAAUUGGAAGAACGGGUGGAAAAUGAGAUCAAGCAUUUGAGAGAGAAAGUAAUGGAACAGGUUCAGGCCCUGAAGGAAAAAGAGGAAGAACUUGAAGCAUUGGAGGAACAAGCCCAAAGAAUGCACAGGGGUCAAAAUGCAAAUCUGGAAGAGCUUACACAAGCCAUCAAAGAGAAGGAGAAACUCUCAAAGGAAAUUCAAAAUCUUCAGAGAGAAAAUGAAGAACUGCAAAGAAAAUUUUCUGAAACUCUGCAGGAGAGAGAAGAAUCGGAAGAACGGAUGGAAAACGACAUCAAGUAUUUGAGAGAGAAAGUAAUGGAACAUGUGCAGACCCUGAAGGAGAAAGAGGAAGAACUUGAAGAAUUGGAGGAAAAAGCCCAAAGAAUGCACCGAAGUCAAAACGGGAAGCUGGAAGAGCUUUCACAAACUAUCAAAGAGAAGGAGAAAAUCUCGAAGGAAAUGCAAAAUCUUCGGAGAGAAAAUGGAGAGUUACAAAGCAAACUUUCCAAAACUCUGCAAGAGAGGGAGAAAUUGGAAGAACGGGUGGAAAAUGAGAUCAAGCAUUUGAGAGAGAAAGUAAUGGAACAGGUUCAGGCCCUGAAGGAAAAAGAGGAAGAACUUGAAGCAUUGGAGGAACAAGUCCAAAGAAUGCACAGGGGUCAAAACGAAAAGCUGGAAGAGCUUUCACAAACUAUCAAAGAGAAGGAGAAAAUCUCGAAAGAAUUGCAAAAUCUUCUGAGAGAAAACAAAGAGUUGGAAGGUAAACUUUCUAAAGUCCUUCAAGAGAGAGAAAAAAUGGAAGAACGGAUGGAAAUCGGCACCCAGUAUUUGAAAGAGAAGGAUAUGGAAUAUGUUCAGAAGCUAAAGGAGAAAGAGGAAAAACUUGAAGCAUUGGAGGAACAAGUCCAAAGAAUGCACAGGGGUCAAAAUGCAAAUCUGGAAGAGCUUACACAAGCCAUCAAAGAGAAGGAGAAACUCUCAAAGGAAAUGCAAAAUCUUCAGGGAGAAAACGAAAAGUUGCAAAUCAAACUUUCGGAUGCUCUGGAAGAGAGCAAAAAAUUGGAAGAACAAAUGGAGAGAGACAUCCAGUCUUUGAGAGAGAGGGAGCAAGAACUUUUGCAGUCGGUUCUGGAGAAGGAGGUUGAGUCGGAGGAAAAGAGAUUACAGUUUGAAAGAGAAAGCAGUGCCUUGGCAGAAAACAUCAAAGAACUUUUGCAACUCUUAAAAGAAAAAGACAUUCAAAAACAACUAAAUGAGGAAUAUAUAUCCGAACUAAAGAGUGAAAUUAAAGAGGUUCAGCAUGUUCUACAAGAGAAGAAGGGAGAGAUGGAAAAAGAAAAGAUCCAGAACAGUAAAGAUGCCCUGACGCUAAAACAAAGAAUAGCAGAACUUUCCCAAGCACUGACGGAGAGGGAUAUUCGAGAAGAAGAGAGAGAAGGACACAUAAAUGCUCUGAAAAAGCGAAUCGAGAAACUUACCCAGGAUCUAGCCGAUAAGGAGAGUGUUGCAACAAAAGCAGAAGAGGACAGGAAAGCGGUGGAGGAAUGGAUGAGUGAGAUUUCUACGUCCUUUAUUGGAGAGAUGUCCGAAGAACGGGACGGAGCCCGAUCUCUAACAAAGAAACUAGAAUUACUUCAGAAGGCAUUGAAAGAAAUGGAACGGCAAAAAGAAGUAGAGAAUAGGGAGAGAGGCAAAUUAAUAGAAAGACUUUCACAUUUGUCUCAGGCUUUAAAAGACAAGAAACAAGAGUUAGACCAGGCAGAAGGCAACAUGAGAGCUUCGAAGGAAACUAUGGAAAGACUUGUAUUAAAAGAAGAAGAAGAAGUAAAACGUAGGGAACGACAGAACGAGCAAGAGAAGUUAUCUUUGAAGCAAACUGUGGCUGAGCUUUCCCAGGAAUUAACGGAUAAGGAAAGGGAGAUGGAAGAGAGAGAACUUGAUGUGAAGUAUCUGAGAGAACAGGUGGAAGAACUUAGACAAACUUUGAUGGGCAGGGAUCUGGACCUGAGCGAGAAGGAAAAACACAUGGAGGAAGACAAAACGGCCCUGAGUCAAAAAAUAUUGGAACUGUCUCAAGCGUUAAGGAAAAGUGAAAAAGAAAUGGAAGACAAAGAACUUGAGACACAAAUUUUUACAGCCAAGAUAGCAGAACUUGGACAAGAGUUGCUAAACAAAGAGCAAGACAUAAAGAAGAAGGCCGGAGAAAAUGAAGAAGAAACAACAUUCUUAAAGCAGAGAAUUACAGACCUUUCACAAUCUAUAGCAGAUAUGAAACAAGAAGCGGAGAUGAAGAAUGUUGAGAUGACCUUCCUAAGAGAAAAGGUAGAAGAGCUGGAAGAAAAUGUCCUAGACAAAGACACAAAACUGAUGGAGACCAAGAUGGCGGAAGAUCAAAGAUAUCACAGGCAGAGAUUUACAGAACUUAACCAGUCUUUGAUUCAACAGAAAAUAGAGGAAGAAGAGGUGACCGACGCGGAGAUGAACUCCCUGAAAGUGAAAAUAGGAGAACAGGCAGAGACUGGCAAAGGAAUGCCGUUUCUGGUUGGGAACCGAGAGGACCUGGAAAACCGGCAAGAGGAAAUCGGAGCACAAGGAAUGAACAUUCAAUACACAAGGGAGGAGGAUAUAAGAAUACAUGAGAUGGAAGAAGAAAUGAAAGCUCUUUAUCAUGAAAGAGAAGAAUCUAGUAAGAGAGAGAUGACACUCAGACAGAGGCUGGAAAAAACAGAGACUGCUCUAAGAAAGAUGGAGGCUGAUGAGAUCUCCAGGAGGCAGAGCUCUCAGGAGGCUGAGAGGCUAAACAGAAAGAAUUUGCCAACUGCCGACACAGAGCCUCCAACAAGUAGCGAUAGUCUGCAGAAGAGGCUGGAGGUCCUGAAUACUGUUCUUGAUACAUUUCCUUUUAUGCUGCAGAAUUUGCCAACUGCCGACACAGAGCCUCCAACAAGUAGCGAUAGUCUGCAGAAGAGGCUGGAGGUCCUGAAUGUAUCAAUGGCCCGACUGGAGAAUGAUAAAACCUCCCUGGAGAAUCGGAAUCUCAAGCUGAGUGAGACUCUGCAGGAAGUGGAACGUGAGAGGAGGAGUCUCCGGAGGGAAUUAAACAAGAUAAGCGGUCAUCCAUCUCCCCGCUCUAAAGACAAGUCCCUGGAGCUCCAGGAUAUCAGCGAUUCCUCCAUCUACCAGCAGAGGGUGUCGGAGCUAGAGAGGCAGAUCGCUGUACUGAAAUCUCAGCUGGAAGCCGAGCGCAGUCACCGCUCCCGCUACAUCCAGCGCUGUUCACGCACUACGGACGAUCUGCUUCAUCUCCGACAUAAUUUGAAUCGUUCGCUGGCCGCGGUGACUUCUGACACCCGAAUUCCGGUACUAGAGAGAGAGACAAUGAGACUGGAUGACACGCUGAGCCGCAGCCUCGGCCUCCCCCACUCCCUGACUGGGGACCAGUAAUGAUAGGUAGUGGUAGUCACUGCCAUGGGUCAAUCAGAGAACUCCAUGGAUCCCGGGAAAAUGCUUCGGCGGCUUCCCAUGGAGGAAUGUUUUCUCCGGACUGUUUGCACGGACAGAUCGAUUGUGAAGACAAAUCAGCGAGUUUAUCCAAUAAUAUAAAGUAUCAGUUAUUUAUAAGCUAUAUAUGUAUAAGGUUAGCUCCGUUGUUUGUGUUUGAAGCUGUAGGCUUGGGAGUGUGUGACGCUUGGGAGUGUGUGUGACGCUUGGGAGUGUGUGUGACGCUUGGGAGCGUGUGUGAGGCUUGGGAGUGUGUGUGUGA